AUGAGGGGCAACUGGCGGGUGUGGAGCACUGCGGUGCUUGUGGCGGCAACAUUCGUGCCGUGCGCGCAUGGAGAUUUCAUGCCGUUCUCCAUGAACGUUGCCACGAGCUCGCGAUCGGUUCAAGUGCAUAUCCUCAUGUCCCAGUCGGCAUCCCUCCACGAUCUCAACAAUCACAGCACCAGCAUCACGUCUGCGUUUCACGAGUUCCUCACACGUGCUGGACAGACAGACACGACGGUGACCGUGGUGGACGCGAGUAUCGUCGGGCAGCCAGAGCUUUCGUUGUAUGCCAAGGGCGAGCUCGAAGUGACGUUGGAUGUCGCGCUGACGAGUACCGCGUCGCGCAGCCAAGUUUUGGAGGCGACGCAUGGCAGUGUCACGUGGAGCGGUGUCAAAACCAACGUGGCGUCGGUGCUGUGGGACACAUCCUUUGGCAACAUUCCCCGCUUCCCCGAGGCCCCGUACGUGUCUUUAUAUCUCGUGAUGGCCCACGAGGUUGCUCCGUCCGUGUGGUUACGUAUCCGGGUGAAGCAUGCCGUCGCGUUCGUGCUUGGGGUGUCCCCAGCAUCGCUCCAUAUCUCGACAGAUUGGGCGGUCCAUACCCCGCUAAACGUGUACAACCAGCCGACGACAGUCGUUCUCGUCGUUGUCGAGCUCACCCCAUCGCGUGCCAGCCACCGGGACGAGAUUGUACAGACUGUGAAUUCGCAGCGCGUGGCAUUACAAGCGUCGAUCCGUGUGUUCGCCAACCUAACGCUGCUGGCGUCGUCGAUCCAAAGCGAUGCGGAUGCCUUUCGCGCCCAAAGCACGUAUCCCUUGUCUCUGGCCGUGCAGCCCCUUCUGUACCGCACACCGCAUUACUUUGCCGCGUGGGAGAUCAACACGGACGAUAGACAUAGCAAGUCGUCUUCGAUCUACCUGCAAUCGUUCGCACGGCAAACGCCAUAUUCGUUCCAAACGAUCCACCAAGACAUUGCCACGUUGGCGGCUGCGCUCAACGCUGCGACGACGUCGGUCCACCUACCCGUGUGGCAAUUCAAUCGACUCAUCGUGCUGCCUACCGCCCAGCCGUGGCCUCCACUAGCCAACACGACAGAGUACCCUGGGGCAUCUCUCGUCAUCGACCUGGUCGUGGACGCCACGGACGACUCCAUUUCGGCCGUCCUGGAACAAACCCAGCAUGUUGUGGCAGACUUUGCCUCGACGUGGGCGAUGCGCGACACCAACAUGGUCGCGCCAACCGCAGCCACGACGUGGACCCCGCACUUGACGUUUGCAUGCGGUGGCCCGCUGACCCACUCGAUUGCGCACGUUCGCGUCGCUCUCGCUGCCUUGUUCAACGUUUCGUACAGCGCCCUUGAAUGCGUGUCCACAUUCAACGAAUCCACGCUGUGGGAGCUCGACGUGCGCGAUCCGUGGCACCGCGUCAACAUGAUCACGCGAUUUAAUACCGUCGAACUCUGGCAUGACGCGUUCUUGCCGUUUUUGGACUCGCCGCCGCCCAACUGUACGCUUGAAGAGAGUGCGGAUGGGGUGUUCUCGGCCCUGCCCUUGCUCUACCCAUCGUCUGCCGCUCCGUGGAACGACGUGGCUGCGCAGGACGGACCCUCUGCGUGCCUAGCUAUGUCUCAAAUUCCAUUGGCACGGCCCGCGACCGGUGAAGCUUACGGCAGCCCCCCGUCAGGGGAAUGCGUGUGGGAGCUUUGCGUGGAGCUCUCUUUGAUGUCGGCAGGGUCGCCCCCUCUUGUGCUCGACCUCGUCGAAGCCUCUCCAAAUGUCGUCUUUGUCGAGCCCUACGCCACCUCGUUGCUGCUUGAUCAAUUCGCCACGUGGACGUUGCAAACAUCGCUGGACGUCCUCGACGUGGUUUUGUACUUUCGAUUUGCCAACACCCAUCCUCCAGUCGACGACCCUUCCAACACAAGUGACGUGGUCGUGCGGCUUCAUGUGUAUGACGCAGACAACGUUCGGGAGGUCACAGCGUCGUCGGUGGUCGGGGCUCCUGUUCGGCUUGUCACCCGCCAACGCGAGUUGCCAUUCGAAGACGAUGCCUCGAGUCCGGUGGCUGUGACUCUGCACCUACCCCACCUUGACCCCCCUGCCAACCCUAUCCUACCCAACCCGGAAUGCGAUUUUCUCGUCGAGCAAUGCCACAACUCUACCGCGUGCCUCAACCAGUACAACUGCAUGCCGUACCUCAUCUUCAGCCAGAUGCUCCUGGAUGACGAGUCGACAGCCGGCACGAUGUCCGACAUCACGGACAACGUUUUGUCGUGCUUUCAUGACUCCACCGACGCCGCGUCGUGGCAGGUGCACGCGGCGGCGAUUCAGUGCGCCAUCUCUCGCCCGCACUACUUCCACCACACGUCCACCGUCAUGACAGUGUUCCAGCAACCCGUCAUGCCGCGGCAGACGUGGCAGCUUGUCGCCGACGCAACGCUCUUGCUCACGUUGGAGCUCAAGGACGCCUCUGUUGUGCUGACCAUUGACCAGACUACCAGUGAACAGCUCCUUGCCCGACAAAUAUUCGAUCUUGUGACGGCGGAGGCGGCGGCCGUCCAAGUUGACGUUCACCAGGCGCUGGUACCAUCGACCGACGGCAGCACCACACCACGAAUUGGCUGGGAAGUUGUCGUGGAAUACUUGAAUUAUGUUGGCGAGUUGCCACAAGCCACGUACUCGGCUUCGUCUGGAGUCGCAACGAUGUCACAAGUGAACCCCCGGCUCGUGUUGGCGGUCGUGCCGACGCCGUACCCGCUCUCGCCGUCGUCACCGCCAGCACCGACACCCUCGCUCCCUGCAAUCCCUUUCGUUGGGGCUGUCGACCGGUGUGUUCGGUGCCAUGACCGCCUCCUCGCAUGCAUGCAAACACCGGCGUGCGCUGCGAUCUUCGAGUGUGCAGUCACAUCUCGAUCGCUGCUGGCAUUUCCUCUUGGCUAUGUUGAAACCACGACCCCCGACGCCCUUGGCACAUGCCAAGACCGAGCUUCGUCCAAUGCCGCGUGGCGGCAGUUCGUCGCGACCAGGGCAUGCUUUGCCCAGCGCAACUGCCCCACUGGUACGAACGCAGUGGACCGCAUGGUGACGCUCACGAUAACGUCCGCCUCCCAUACUCUGCGUCUGCCCCGGCAAGCUGUGUCCACUCGAUUGGUGUACCGAUUGGACAACGGCACCGUCGUGGCGUCGGCGCGCUGGACCAACACGUCGGCCUGUGCCAGCCUCGCCACAACUCUUCAAGGUCAACUCAUGGCCGUCACGUCCAUCUCGUCGGUCCUUGUCGACUGGGACACGUCAGCCGCCGAGGACGUUCUCACGAUCGUGUACAAAGAUCAUGUCGGGCGCCUGCCGCGCCUGGCGGUAGUCACGUCGGGCCAAGGGUUGGCGCACCGUAUUGUAGCCUCCGAGGCGUCGCUAGUCCAGACGAUCCAGCCCCUUAACACGUCGCAGUACAUCGUCGGCCCCACACCGUGUCCGUGUGGCACCUUUGGCACGACCUUUGCCGGUGCCCUAGCGUCCGUCGCCACUUCACUGUCGUCGUCGCAGCCGUUCGACGACAUCUCGAGCCUACUUGAAACCUCAGCCACCCCCGCCGACUUGGUGGUCACGUCGUGCUAUGCCGCGAGCUCCUGUCCUCUCGUGCCUCCGCUCGCCCAUUCAGCUGUCGUGAUCACGCUCACCCCCACCAUUGUAACCCUUCUGGUGUACCCCACCAGCACUGGGCUCGCCACAUCGACAUACUCGGCCGAUUUUACCCUGGGAACUGUGCCCGCGAUCCUUCGAGUGACACCGACGACAACAGCGGCGUCGUUGCUCCAGAGUUUGCUCGCUCAAGAUGCGACGCUGUCGCCUGACGCCUCGGUCGACCUGUCCUGCGAUGUGGCUGGCGUCUGCCGUGCCACUUUGCUUCUGCCAUACAUCGCUGGCCCUCUCCCAUCCAUCGACGUCCAGACGACCACGAAUGCGAACGUGAACGCAUUCACGAGCUUUCCAAACCACGUGGACGCGACGACUCCUCAACGUCUCCAGCGCGUCACGUUGCGGCUUUUCUAG